CUCUCUCUGCAUACAGCAAUGCGGUUGAGUUUGUGUUACGUGUGACAUGGCCGAAUCCUAGCGCGUUAUAGCGGAACAUCUAACUUGCGUUUCUACUGUACUCAAGUGAAUACAGGGUAUUAUUAAGUCCGGAUUCAACUGUGAAACAUCCAAGUCAAGUGUGCUACGCAGCAAUUUGACUCGAACUACAUUUUUUUUUGUACGGAAAAGUGCGUGGAGGAAUAACAAAACGCAACACGUAUCCGGUGGGAUUCCCAUUCUAGAGUAGAGAAACGCGAGGGUGCAAGGGGAGAGGGGGAUAGUCACAAACAGAAGAGGAAAGGGAGAGAAGGAGAAAGAUUUUGUAUGUUUUGCCGUAUCUACACAUUUUAUUGAAGGAAUAAUGAGGAACAUUUGGAUAAUUUUGACCCUCGGCAUAACAGCCUUUCUCUCGGGGGAAAGGAUAGCGGACGCGGCCAAGUCGUCCUCCGAAGUGGAUGAACUUUUCAUUGACGACACAGGGUCCGGGGGUUACUACCCUGAGGACGACGACGACUUUAACUCGGGGUCAGGGUCAGGCAUUGCUGAGGAGGUGAUCGAGGAGACGGUGACCGGGAGCACGCUGUACAUUGCGCCCAAAGCAGAACCCACCCAGGACUCCACCAAAGACUUCACUCCCAGAGCGGAGACAGACACGCCCAGAGAAGACCUGCCUAGAAAAACGCCCAGGAAGCCAGUCAGAACAGAGCCCCCAGUACCCGUCACCGAGGACGUGCGCAAGAACCAGAUCGCCAGCACCCUCAGCUCCCCCCUGGAGCCCAUCGAUGUUCGCUCGGAAAACCUCUUCCAGAGGACGGAGGUGCUGGCAGCUGUCAUUGCGGGUGGAGUUAUUGGCUUCCUCUUCGCCAUCUUCCUCAUCCUCCUCUUGGUUUACCGCAUGAGGAAGAAGGACGAGGGCAGCUACGACCUGGGAGAGAGGAAACCCUCUGGGGCAGCCUAUCAGAAGGCCCCAACCAAGGAGUUUUAUGCAUAAAGCCCCGCCCCCUCAUGAGAAGAUAGACAAAUCGGAGUGACAGUUUAUAGCAAGCAGUCCAUGACAACGAGAAAAAACCUGUUCAAAUAUACUGUAACAACAACAACAAAAAGAAAAAAGUUAAUUGAGGAAAAAUUACAUAAAGGAAAGCUUUUGCAUAGAGUAUUGUAAUUAAGACAUUUUCUUUCUUUUUUUAAUGAAAAGCCAAGCAUUGCUUAUUUUAUGGCAUAUCUCAGUGUAUUUAAACAUUUUGUGUAUUAUUUGAAAAGGCAAAAAAAUAUAAAAACAUUUUAAAAAAUCUGUUAAGGUGAGAAAAAGCUAUUGCAUCUGUCUUCUGUCAAAGGAGCUGUUUUUAGUCGCUGACUACUAUUUAACUGUAGCAGUAUGUAUUUGUAAAGAAAUGUUUUAAAAGUGGAAAUAAUUGAAUAUAAUUAUUCUGUAUCAAUCCUAUAAAAAAAUAUUGUCCUAGCAUGUCUGGCGUUGAUCUUUAAAAGGUGUAUUUCAUUCAUUUAUAUUUUUUUCUCAGAUGUAAAAAAAUAAAUAUAUAUAUGCCUUUUGUAGUUUUCAUGAAGCUUUUUCAUCUUCAUAUUAACGCUGAUAACUGUCAAUGUAAAUGUUCUCCCUUCAGGUUACAAUGUCAAUCAUUCUAGUUGAACUUGAGCGUUUCAGUUAUUUUUUGUUCGUCUUGUUUGUUUUCUUUCAAUGUUUCUUUUGGUCAAAACCAUUUAUUAUACAGCAUACAUGUUAAAACACAGUAAUCGGUCUUAAAAAGCUAAGAUGUGUCAGCAGGGGCUCAAGAAAAACACAAGACUUACUUUACAGUAUGUCUUGUGGAUGUUUUUUUUUUUUUCAAUUUUAUUUAAUUGCAUACAACUUCUCAUAUUGCACAUUCACCUCAUUGCUUCUUUGCUGGUCUCGUUCAGCUCUGAGUGUUUACUAUCUUUGGGGUUAAAUUUGGCUCUGGGGCAUUGGCCCCCUGCCAUGCCCAAUGUUUUCCCCUAGUUUACUCUGCCUGUCCCAUCUGCCCUUGCUCCUCCCUCUCAUCCUCAGCACUCUCUCCAUCUCCUCCACGUAAGCUCUCGGCCUCUCCCCCUUUUUCUCACUCCACUGUGUUGCCAGUGUUUUUGUCUCCCCUGUGUCGAUGGUUUAGCCCGGAGAUCCUCUCCGACAGACUUUUCUGUGCUACUGGAUACACACCAGCUGCCCAUUGAAAAGAGUCGGUUCUGUGCGGGACCACUGUGAUUCCGAUCCAGUCUUUAGAGGAAAAUUGAACUUUUGGAUCCUUUUUCCGAAGGUUUCUCACGUGUUGUGGUCAGUCACAGCAUUUUGACUUGAGCUAAGUCCAAGAGAAAACGUAAGUGCUGGCCCUCAGUUUGCAGAUGACACCUUCGUCCGUUUAGCGGCGAGGAGCUCUCCUUUGAGCGAUUCUCAGAGAGCGUGAGGUUGGUUACCAGGAACAAGACAUAGAGAAAUACACCAUGGGAUUGACCUGUUGUUGCCAUCCUCUCGCAUUGAAACGGUCACCUCUGCGUGAAAGGUACAACAGGUUAUGAAGUUGCCUUUUGAGCUGUACACAAAUGUGAAGUAGACGUCUGAACUCACAACCACCCACAUGAGGCCAUCCUCCUCCCUGCAUCCCCUCCUCUCCCUCAUUUCUGCUAUACCCUCCGGCUUCUGCCUGCAAUCUCUCUCUCUCAUAUUAUCAUCAUAGAAAAGAUAGGUACUAAACUGCAAACCAAAACCCAAAGAAACAGUAUUCUCACCAUUGCUUGAACUUAUUCCCAUUAUGGCCACAUUACUCUCUCAUUUUCUUUUCCUUCAUUUUUUUUAUAGCUUUUUAUUUUAUUAGAGACUUUGACCAUUGAGUCCAAUUGCUUAUUAGUAUACAAAAAGAUAUAUAUUAUAUAUAUAAAUGCAUAUUCACAAAUGUUUUAAACCUUCAAAGUGCCUACCAUUUGGAAAUGUACUUGCUCUCUCGGAGAGCGUAAGGAGGUGCGUACGUUACACCAGGAGGAUGAUGAUAAUGACUGGCAUUCUGUGAGCACAGAUGACUGUAAUGGUCACUUUUUUUUAGUCUUACAAAAGCAGACAGUAUUGUACCUAUACGUUGAAACAACACUACUGAAUAAACAUUGUGGCCUAAUAUCGA